UCCAAGCAAUCGUUUUCUGCUCUCCGCGUGAAGUCGUGUGCGCUGCUCGAACGGGAGCUCCAAUGAGUUCUGGUCGCGAAAAACUCACAAGCUCCAACGCCAAGAAGUGCAGAAGAUAGUGAACAAAAUUUAGAAGAACCGAACCGAAGCUACGGGAAAUUUUAUGUGUGAAAUCGAAAUUACCAAACCCGCGCUCGUGAACGACUUUGAAGCUUUUCAACACUGCCGGCAGGACAAAUCAGCUGCGACAUCCGGCAAUGCACCAAGAUGAGCAGCAAGGAGCAGCAAGCAGCAGGCCGGGACUUUAAGCGCAAUUCAAAUGCCUACUCCAGUCUGCCGCCUUCAGGAACGGGAGCAGCAUGCUCCGGAGCAGCACUGGGUUCGGGAACGGGAACUGGCAAAAGAGCUCGCAGCAAACAGCAUCAGUUGGAGCAGGAGCAGUUUGGACUCUCGAACAGCCUGUCCAGCGAAUCGAUACGGCAGGCCUGUGCCUACUACGACGACGAGUUGAGCGACGAGGAUCUCAUCGAGAUUCAGCAGACGCCCCAAGCCUUCCACCAGCAAACAAAACAACCCCUCCAGCUGCAGCCAAUCAGCUUCAGACUGGGAGAUGAGCUGGGCGACGAACGAAGUGCCUUUUGUGGCAGCCAGGAGAUGCAGCAGGCGCCAUUGAGCACGCCAAUCAAACAAGCUGCUGAAACGGAUGAAGCCUUAUGUGUGCUCAGCGAACUGGAUGCCAUUCUGGAUGUCCACGAUGUCUCGCAGCUGAAUGGCACCUGCUCGAGCGGAUCUGUGAAUUCCGGCAGUGACGAUGACAAGGUAGAGGAUUAUCUAAUGGAUCUAGACAACUACCUGGAGGAGAUGGAUAAUGCCUUAAAUCGCGAAGAUUCACUCAUCAUCAUAGACGGCAACACCAGCUUAAAACGAGAGCCGAGAACUAGAACUUUGCCUUUAAGUAGGAAAAAGAAGUCAAAUAAGAAAAAGAGCGAGGAUCAGGAGACGGCACAAGGUGAUUUCCAAAGAGAACAUCAAAUAAGGAAGACGUUCAGCUGUUCAUUAAGGCCCACAAGCCAAAUAGCUUCCUCUUCCGGAUCAUUGGAGACUUCCACGGAGCCCGCGAUGGACGUUUGGAGGCGACAGUCCAUGCGUCGAGCCCUCGAGCAGGAAGACACCAAAGCUACAGUGGCGGCGGAAAGAGAGGAAGACGAUAUACCGACCUUAUUGGUGGAGUUGCCACCGAGACGCGAUGCGGAAAUGCGUCGCUGUUUCUCCCAAGGCGAUUGCCAAGCUUCGGCCGCGCCAUCGGGUGGCUCUCAGAUGCUCACAGAGGCGCACAUCUUCGACAACCUCCUGCAAACGAACGCACGGGCAUCGAGCGAAGAGCCGCGACCCCGGCAGUAUGGUCGCCGCUUGGAGGGACCUCCUACCCCAGUUCGCUCCUUGAUUCUAGCCCAGAGUCGGCCACAGAGCGCUCCGACGCGCGUGCAGAUGAGGGAACCACAGCUGCAGGAAACGCCCACGCACCCAAUUAUGUCCACAUGCUCGGAACUCAGCUCGGCGCGCUCGUCACGAAUGCCCAGCCCAGUUUCCCUGCCCUCGGACAGCAGCAGCAGCGGAAGCAGCUCUGCUGAACACGAUCAGGAACCGGAUCCCGUGCAAACCACGACCAUGUGCAGCGCCAGCAGUACGACGCCCCUAGAGCCGCUGCACCAACUGCAAUUGCUGCUGCGCGAGAAGUGCGGUUUCAACAGUCAAUGGCCCCAUGCCGGGAGUCGUACUCUUGCACUGAUCGGAUGCACUUUGGGUGUCUUUAAUAUGUGCCGAUUUGCCGUGCUCACCAUUAACUUUGGUGGCAACUUUCUACUACAGUUUCUUCUGCUCUCGGUAAUCUUUGGAAUCCCGCUUCUUUGGCUGCAAAUGUGCUUGGGUGCCAAAAUUCGUGCUGGUCCCGUUUCCAUGUGGAAGAUCAGUCCGAUAUGCGCAGGAGUGGGCAUAGCUCUGGUGAUGGAGCAGUGCUUCCUGGCCUUGUACUCAACGGUAUCGCUGGCCUGGAUUUUAGUCUACCUUAGGGACGUAUUUCCGACAGCAGCACGCAGUGGAUAUCGCUGGCAAGAGAUGGCAUUCCCCUAUCGCUAUGAUGCAUCGAAUGCAACGGGGAAUCUCACGCAAACAGUGGCCGAGUACUUCAACGUGGUGGUGUUGCAGCGACUGCAUCUGGCCAAUCAUCCUGAUGCCAGCGGAAUACGAUUCCACGUUAAUGAUCGGCAGCUGGCCUUUUAUCUAGCCCUCAUCUGGGCGGCCGUGUUCCUCAUCCUCUGUAAGGGUCUCAAGUCCUUGGGAAAGUUGGCUUACAUUAUCUACACUCUGCCGUUGGUAGCUCUGGCGGUAGUGACUGCUAAGUUUGUCUAUGUCGUGGAUCCCAGCAGGAUACAGAACAUCUUUGCUGCCAGCGAUUUUGACGACUUUCUGGUGAACUCAAAUAGCUGGACGGCAGCCACGCAGGAAACGUUCCUUACUUGGGGUCUCCUAGGCGCCUCCGUAAUCGCUAUUACGAGCAGAAGUCACACCAAUGCCAACAAGGCCGCUUUGAGGAGGGAUGCGAUUCUCCUGGUAUUGUUUACCCUCAUCGGAUUGGGUUUAAUGGCACUUCUAGCGCUGUGUUGUGCACAGAUUCUGUGGCAGCAUGGAUACGCUUAUGUGCCAGGAUCGUUUGAGAAUCCCGAUUGCUACACGUCCAUUUACUCGCUGCAAUCAAACACCAAUCCUUAUCUGCUUUCCUAUCCGCGCUCGCUGAUUCCGCACUACUCCUCGUUCAUUGGCGAGACUUACAGGAGGAAUCGCACCAUGAUUCACGUGGAGAGCGGAUUCCAGGCACUGCGCUUCAUCUCGGAAAUCUUUCCGGCCGUGCUCUCGCUGGCCAGUGAUAGCAUAUCGUGGGUUUGGGCUGCAGUGGCCUUUGCAACGUUCGCCGGAUUUGGUCUAGCGCAGCUGUGUGUGAUGUGGAAACCCAUCUCAAGUGCCUUAGGUAAUUCCACGAGCUCGGUUUUGUUGAGCUGCGUGACUGGUCUGCUCCUCAGCAUUCCAUUCGCCACGGAGAUGGGCAUUUCGAUCCUGUACUAUGUAGAUUUUCUACUGGGCGGCUCCUGGUUCAUUCCGAUCAUCUGGACGGCUCAGAUUUUUGGCGUGUUUCUAAUACGGGGGCGUCCGUACAACGGAGAUGACCUGGUGAAUGACCUAAGACUUUGUGGGUCCAUGUCGGCAUUCCUGGCAUUGUCUUGGAACGUUUUGCUGCCCAUUGGCCUGAUCACAUUGUCAGUCGUGGACUAUAAGGCUUCGUUGUCGAAUCAAUUUUACUAUUGGCGUGGAAAGUCAUACUUCACGUAUUGGUCCAGGAAGAUGGGCAGUCUUAUCCAAAUUGGAGUGCUGUUAGUCAUUCCCGUGACUGCUAUUAUUCAAAUCUACCGGUAUCUGGCGCACGGACCUCCCGAUAUCUUGGAGCGCAUUCAACUGCUGUACCGACCGCCCGAGGAGGGAGAGGAACCACGUCGUCCAUCCGCUCGACAAACGGCGUCCCAAAGUCGUCGUAAUGCUUUGGGCCAGACCGCGGAGGGCGGCCAACACGAUGCACAGAACGAUGCUCCGCCAAAGUACACACCACCUCCGUCCUACACAACGGCCACUGGAGCCCGCCUUGCCAAGCUUCUGCGCCAGAGCAUUCGCCGCAGCGUGAGAAGGGUUUUGGGAGACUCAAGUCGAACGCGACCCGUGCUCUCCCUCGAUGCGGAGUCCGCUUCGCCAGCGGCGCCGCCUGAUUACCUAACCAUACUGACCAAUCCGGCUGGCAGUAGUUUCAACGCGGAUCCUUCGCCAGCUUCCAGCAGCAGUCCCGAGUCCAUAGAGAUCGACCAGCGACCCUUUGGCUACGCCCAACGCUCGCAAUCGCUGGGCCGGAAGCUCCAUCGUUCGGGGGCUUCGACACUGGAGAGACGGCCCUAUACGGCGGAGGAUGUGGUGACCAUACUACGCUCCUCGGUGCGACAUCGCCAGUCGCAGGGAGGCGGAAAUUUGGUCACUGCCAGCACCCUGCCUCGCCCCCCAACCGCCGCCAUGUCCACGCACUUGGAGGACGCCUCAUUCCGAUCCAUAGAGAAUCUCGUGCUGAAUGCCGAGCCACCGGACAGGACGCCCGGCGUGGAGCUGGAGCUCGAACUGGAGGCUGGACAGGCGGAGGAGUGCGCGCGAAAUAAUACAUCUGUGAUUUAACUGACUAAUAUCGUACCGUACAUAGCGUAACUCUUAUGCGAUCCACAUAUCCGCUUGCUUUCUUAGACUUGAUUAGCGCUAGUUAUCUAAAUACGAAUAUUACCUUGUAGUUAUGCGAAUAAUAACGAAAACAACUAGUUGGUACUCCCAA